UGUUAUUAAUGGUAUAACAAAAGCAUCAAAUGAUAAUUUACAUAAUACAGGUGGUAUAAGUCCUUCAACAACAAGUGGUAGUUCAACAGUAUCCACAACAACAUCAUCAGAAAUUUGACUAUCUUACAAUAUGGAAAACGAAGAUUCAACAAUAUCACAGAUUACAGAAUCACCAAUUAAUUUAAAUGUUGAAAGAAAAAAGCUUGCUGGUUGGGAAUUUUAUGAAAAAACUUUGGGAUCCCCCAAAUACGUGGUAGCUCCAAUGGUUGAUCAAAGUGAAUUAGCAUGGCGCAUGCUUUGUCGACGUUAUAAUGCCGAACUAUGUUAUUCUCCAAUGUUUCAUAGUAAUUUAUUCGCUAAAGAUCCAAAAUAUCGGAAAGAAGCUUUGCAAACAUGUGCAGAUGAUCGACCUUUAAUAAUUCAAUUUUGUGGUAAUGAUCCAAAAAUUUUCCUGGAAGCUGCAUUAUUAGCACAAGAUUACUGUGAUGCCAUAGAUAUAAAUUUAGGAUGCCCACAAGCUAUAGCGAAACGUGGACAUUAUGGAGCGUUUCUUCAAGAUGAAUGGGAACUUCUCACUGACAUAGUAAAAACACUGCACCAUAAUUUGUCUGUUCCAAUCACUUGUAAAAUUAGAGUUUUUGAAGAAAAAGAAAAAACGGUUAAAUAUGCAAAAAUGUUAGAAUCUGCCGGUUGUCAACUUUUAACUGUUCAUGGACGUACUCGAGAGCAAAAAGGUCCAAAUACGGGUUUAGCAGAUUGGUCUUACAUUAAACUAGUUAGAGAUUCAAUAAAAAUACCGAUGUUUGCUAACGGUAAUAUUAUGUGUCUCAAAGAUGUUACAAGAUGUCUUGAAGAAACUGGUGUUCAAGGUGUUAUGUCAGCUGAAGGUAAUUUACAUAAUCCAGCUUUAUUUAGUGGCAUAACACCUAAAACAUGGGAUAUGGCUAGUGAAUAUCUAGAUUUUGUUGAAAUAUUCCCAUGUCCGAUAUCUUACAUAAGGGGGCAUCUUUUUAAAUUAUUUCAUCAUUUAUUAAACUUAAAACCAAAUUCAAAAAUACGUGAAGAACUAGCUGUUGCAAGGGAAAUGUGGCAAUUUCGUUCUUUUGUUCAAAAAAUUAAAGAUAAAUAUGAACCGUUUCAUGAAGGCAUAGAUUUUUAUGUUGAAGAAGAAAUUGAUCCCAAUAUAGGAUCUGAAAUUAUUAAGGAUUAUAAUUUAUCACUACCCCCAUGGUUAUGUCAACCAUACAUAAGACCGUUACCCGAAAUUUUUAAAAAAAUUAUUGAGGAAAAAAUAAAAAUUGCCGAAGAUCCACUUAGAAUAAAACGUCAAUAUUAUGAUGAAGAAGGUAACGAAAUUUCAAGGAAAAAAAUGAAGCGUUUGAGAAGAAAAAGUCGUCGUCCAAAUAAACCUGAAGGUUCACAUGAAAGAAAUAUUGAAGCGUGUCCAAUUUGUACAAAUCCUUUAGGUUUUAAAUGUGAAUUUAAAUUAUGCAGGCACUGUUGUCGUGACAAGUGUUUUGAGGAAAAUUUCGAUUGCCCUGGACAUAAGUUCUUUUUUAAAACAAAGCGUGAAAGAAAAGCUUUUUAUAAUAACUUACUCAAAAUAGAUGAAAAACAGAAUGAAUUAGAUAAUUUGUGACGAAAAAUAAUAUUAUUUAAUAAAUGUACAAUA